AUGACCACAGCACAGGGUUUAAUUGUGACACCUGGUGGUUUCGUUAUCAUCUUCUUCUCGGUGACGUCUAGAAUGGAGCUGUUCUCUCGGCUGACCGGAGUAGGUGUUAGGCUGUCUCGUAUUUUGCCUUCAGCUCUCUCCUUAGCGCUCCGUGAGCGUUUGGAAGCACUAGAGGAGCCACCAUCAGAUGACGCAGAUGCCGGUGUGACCGUCGGAGUUCUGUCGGAUUCGGACGGGCGCUUUGAUGACGAGUUGGACCUCGAUUUCGAUGAAGAGCGAGACGAGUCUUUUGACGACUUCGGCUUUGGAACUGGCGUGGUAUUCAUAGACGGAAUACGUGCCAGAGCGGAGUGUCAGUCACCGAAGUUGUUGAAGCAGUCUUUGAGAUCGUCGAGACCGUGGUUGUAG